AUGGAUUCGACUCAAGGUUUCACCUUUUCUCAUAUUGCUUACCUGGUAUUUGAAUCUGUUUUAGAGGUAAUCUUUAUCUCUCUUUCCGGUUACUGGGCAGCAGCUACAGGUAUGCUGCCUAGAACUGCUCAAAAAUCAUUAUCUAGAAUGAACGUUGAUUUAUUCACACCAUGUUUGAUUUUUAGUAAGUUGGCAAAAUCGUUAUCCCUAGCAAAGAUUAAAGAGUUGAUAGUUAUACCGAUUUUUUUUGGAUUGACUACUUUAAUCUCAUAUUUUUCUGGUAUUAUAAUGUCUAAAUUUUUAAAGUUAGAUAAAGAUGAAACUAAUUUUGUAACAGGAAAUUCGAUAUUUGGUAAUAGUAAUUCGUUACCAGUAUCGUUGACUUUAUCGUUGGCUUAUACUUUACCUAAUUUAACUUGGAGUGAUAUUCCGAAUGAUAAUAGAGAAAAUGUCGCAUCAAGAGGUCUUUUAUACUUAUUAAUUUUUCAACAAUUUGGCCAAAUGUUAAGAUGGAGUUGGGGUUAUAAUUCUUUAUUAAGAUGGUCUGGUACUAAUUUACAAAAUAUGCCUCAAAGUCAAAUCACUUUAUUAACAGAAGAUGGUAGAAUUUCGUCUGAAAAUUUACCCUCAAUUCAAGAUUCAAGUAACAAUAAUGGUAAUAAUAAUAAUGCAAGUGAUCAUGCAUUUGUAAAUUCGAACUCUACAGCAAAUACAAUCAAUAGUGAAAUUCAAAGAUAUCACGACCAUCAUCAACCAUUUAGUGAUGAAGAAGCAGAUCCUCAAUUAUUGACUGUGAAUAAUACUUCUUCAACAAAUAUUAAUCGUCUCUUAACAGUUAAUUCAAAUAUUAGUACUUUAAAAAGCUCAAGUUCAAAUAAAAGUGCAACACCAGAUUCCAAUGUAUAUUUAUUAAGUUCUCAUCAAAACGAAUUGUAUCAAGCAAAUACUUUUAUGCAAAAAAUAUACUUUUCAAUUAUUAAUUUAAUUAAUAAAGUCAUUUCAUAUUUGAAUCCUCCAUUAUAUUCCAUGAUUUUUGCCAUUGUCGUCGCCGCCAUUAAACCUUUACAAGAAGAAAUGUUCUAUAAUGGUGGGUUUUUAAAUUCUACUUUUGGUGCAGCUGUCACUCAAUUAGGUGAAGUUUCAAUCCCAAUGAUUUUAAUUGUAUUAGGUUCCAAUAUUUAUCCAGAUAGUGAAGCUUUUAAGCCAACUCCAAAUCAUAAUAAAAUGGUCAUUGGUUCUAUUAUCGGUAGAAUGGUUUUACCUUCUUUAUUUUUAUUACCUAUCAUUACCAUUGCUGUCAAAUAUAUUCAAACAAGUAUUUUAGAUGAUCCAAUUUUCUUAGUAGUAGGGUUUUUAUUAACUGUUUCACCUCCAGCCAUUCAAUUGACUCAAAUUACUCAAUUGAAUGAAUUUUUUGAAGCUGAAAUGGCGUCUAUUUUAACUUGGAGUUAUGUCGUUUUAACUUUACCUGUAAGUAUCAUUGUGGUUUCUUCAGCCAUUUAUGUCUUACAAUGGGCCAAUCCAAAUUGA